GAGAGGCAUUGUCUGGCUUUUAAAUCCCUCCCUUAACCUUCUCCUUCCGCCUACUAGAUCUUUUCUUCUGCUUUUAUUUUUUUUAAACAUUUCUGCCCUACCCACUGCCGUUUAACCCUCUCUUAGCUUGCCAUCCUUUUCUUUCCUUUUUUCCCCCUUCUUCUUUUUGCAAACCGCUUUUCAAAGAAACGAAUCGCAGCAAUUGCGCAUCCAGGAGAAUCCGCGCGCCACCCGAACGCAUUUGGAGAUUUAAUCCUUGCGUGGGCGGGGAAAAAUAAAUACAAAUCAAUGGCUUGCAAACAGUAGUUCAACCCAUCCGGUUCCUUGGCUAUUGCAAUUUAUUUUCUUCCCCUUUUUUUGGCCUUUUCUUACGAGGAGGUGCCGGACGGGUUAAACCGAUAGAGGGCUGAGCGUCCCAGAGAGGACGAGAAACUUGAGCUUAGAAGAGCCCCUUAAUACCCGAGGCCCUUUUCUGAUGGGAGGAGAGAAAGGCGCACACAUACAGAAAGAGAGGCUGGAUUUUUCUUUUUUUAAUUUAAAGAAGAGUUUGCAUGAAAAAUAACAAUAAUAAUUGUUCCGUUGCAAUAGGAAACCGCAGAUCCUCGGGAAAGAAAUGCAUUCGGGAACAUGCACGGUGGGUAAAAAGCAGCGUCAGCCCAGCGAGCUUUGCAAAAAAAAGAAAAAGAAAAAAGGGAAAGUUGAACCCCUCCCCGAAAACCUCCUGAUCAAAUAAAAGUAGGGGAGAGGGAAGGAGGGGGGAGGGAUCCCGAGCCUCCCUCUCGCCCGCCCACCCCCCCCGGCUGGGUUUUGUGCGGGUUGAUCCCUCUCUCUCUCUCCCUCCAAGCAUGGCCUCUCUGCUAGGACAAUGGCAGAAGCUGCAGCUGAUCCCAGAUCCAAGGACAAGGCGGAAAGAAAGAGAGAGGAUCCCUCGACCCUAUAAUCCCGCGCCCUUGCUCCCGCAGAAAAUAUAGAUGGGGAGAGAGACGCCGAUCGCUGCUUCUUCCUCUUUUAAGGCUCUGCAGCCUCUGGAAGAAACGAUUGCACCUUUUUAGUGUGUGUGCAAGGUUAGAAAAAAGCGUGUUUUUUUUAGUGUGUGUCUGUGUACAAGUUAAGAGACAUCUAAAUUCUGAUCCAGACCUCAUUUGGUUUCCCUCGGCACUCAGUGCAGCCCCCAGCCCCCAUAAAGGGCUUGUUGUUAUUUUAUUUUUGUAAACGUCCUGUGCAAGGUAUUUUUUAAAAAAUGCUCUUUUGCUGCCUGAAGAAGAAAAAAGCCGGUAAAACUAGCAUGUUUCAGGGGGUUAAGAUUUUGGGUUAGCCCAUCUCUCCCUGAUGAAUGGGCUGCCGUCCUAUCAGAAGCUACAGAGCAGCAAGUCCCACUGAACUCAAUAGGCUUACUCCCAGGAAAGUGGGUACAAGGAUGAAUACAAGCGCCUUUUCAAUGAGACUUCUGCGAUAGUCCAUUUUAGUCUGCUAGAUAACUUUUUAAAAAGUUUUCUCAGUUCAUUAACUCUUUUCAUUGUGCUGUUAUUUAUUUUGUACAUUGUCAGUUUUCUCAGUUUGUUAACUCUUUUCAUUGUGCUGUUAUUUCUUAAAACAUUUCACAUCCCCACUCAUCACAUCGUUUGGAUUUCAAGAUGGGACACAGUAGAAAAAUUCUUGCACUAAAAUGUUAGAAAUAGCCAUAGAUGCGUGAGAUCCAGUGGCGUAGCGUGGGUUGUCAGCAUCCGGGGCAAGGCAAGUAAUUUGCGCCCCCUAACCCGUGGAUUUGCGCCCCCUAACCCGUGGAUUUGCGCCCCCUAACCCCCAGAAGUUGCGGCCGGCCCCCCCUGCACCCCCCACGCUACGCCACUGGUGAGAUCUCAAAGAAAAUGCUUCCCCCACCCCCAUCAAAGCUAUUUUAAGUCAAAUGCAAAUGAAUGUUGGUUUAAGGGGGAAAUAGACGGAUUAAUCAGUGAUAACUUAAUAUAAUGAAUCUAUUGGUAACCAUCCUAAUUUUAAUGUUGCAGUGUUGGCCUCUCUCCCAACUUGCAAAUAAAUGAGUAAGAACAUCCUAAUGGCCAAAGGCCCAUCUAGUCCCAAUUUCCUGUUCUCACUGGAAACUGGCAAAAAAUGUCCUCUCUGGCAGUUAGAACCUCUGUUGCAUUCAGAGCCCUUCUGUUUGUGGUCAGAUUUAAACUAUAAUCCAGGGGGCAGGGAGCCUUUUUCAAACGGAGGGCCGCAUUCCAUUCUGGGUGACCUUCCGGGGGCCACAAGCCAGUCAUGGAUAGGGCCAGCAAGAAAUGUGGGCAGAGCAAUGAAUGUAAAUUGUACAUUUGUGCAGUAAACUUAAGUUUCCACAAACCAAGAAGUAUUGGAGUUCAUGAAUGCAUUCUGGCCAGGCGAAAACACUUUGAGGCAUGCCUGCGGAGGGAGUGUGGACUCAGGAGCGACUCAGGGGCCAGGUAGAGAGGUCUAGAGGGCCGCAUUGGGCCUCUGGCCCUGAGAUCUAGCCCCCUUCCUGCAAAUACUGUCUUAUAGUGUGGUUUUAGGAGAGGGCCAUCAGAAUUCCUCGUGAAUAUGAGAAACUGCUCUGGGAACUGUAGUUUUGUGAAGGGAAUAAAGAUCUCCUGGCAACUGUCAGCACCCCUAACAAUCUACAGUUCCCAGGAUUCUUUGGGGGAAGCUAUGACUGUUUAUGGUUUUGAUCCAUGGGCUACUUUUAAAAUGAGGCUGCAUUUUAAAUUGCAUUUUAACCUGUAUUUUAAAUUGGGGUUUUUUCCUAUUAUGUUUUUACUGUAAUUUUACUGGGGUUAGCUGCCCUGAGCCCGACUCUGGUCGGGGAGGGCGGGGUAUAAAUAAAAUUUAUUAUUUUUUAUUAUUAUUAUAAAGUGGAAUGAUAGUGCUUUAAAUGAAGAGUGUGGAUGGAGCCUGGGAAAUACCUGCAUUUUGGCUUGUUGGAAGAGGGAAGUCUUCGGUAGGCUCCAAAAAGACUGUCACAUUUAAAGGGAGGGCAUUCCAAAGGGCAGGUAAGGUGCUUUCUGCCAGAGGCUCUCAUCAGCCGAGCAUAGUGAUCGCUUGGGUAUAUAAUAUUUUUAAAAAUUUGUUUAAGUGUGCACAGACUUAACAGUCAAAACAGUAUAUUGUUAAAAUAUUAAACUAAGCAUGCAACCUAAACCCAGUAAAACAGUGGUAUAAAAAUGCAGAAUGUGAAAUAAAGCAGAAAUUCGGAAGAUUCAAACACGUUAAACAGGGUCUGAUCCUAUUCCGAGCACAAUUCAAAGUGUUGGUGCUGACCUUUAAAGCCCUAAACGGCCUCUGUCCAGUAUACCUGAAGGAGCGUCUCCACCCCCAUCGUUCUGCCCGGACGCUGAGGUCCAGCGCUGAGGGCCUUCUGGCGGUUCCCUCAUUGCGAGAAGCAAAGCUACAGGGAACCAGGCAGAGGGCCUUCUCGGUAGUGGCACCCGCCCUGUGGAACGCCCUUCCAGCAGAUGUCAAAGCGAUAAACAACUACCUGACAUUCAGAAGACAUCUUAAGGCAGCCCUGUUCAGGGAAGUUUUUAACGUGUGAUAUUUUAGUGUAUUUUUGGUUUCUAUGGAAGCCGCCCAGAGUGGCUGGGGAGGCCCAGCCAGAUGGGCGGGGUAUAAAUAAUAAAUUAUUAUUAUUAUAAUAUUAUUAUUAUUGGCCAGGGAAAGCCGGGGUAAAAAUAGAAGUCUUUGCAAGACAUCUGAAGCCAUUAGUGGUUUCUGCUUUUGGUAUGGCGAUGAAAACAGCAUUCCUUGAUCUCUCUCUACUUCAUACUCUUCAUGCUUUGAGGUGUUUUUUCCCCCUCCUAAAACCAAGCUGCUCAUAAGUUUUAUGAAAUAAGUAAAUAAAAUUCCACAGUACAAGACGGAUAGCAAAAUAAUAAUAAUCCUGAUUUCUGGGCACUGCCCUGCAAUAUUUUGAAAGGUACAGGGCCACAAGUAGGAUUUCCCAAGGUGAUCUAAGUCAGUCACAAUGACGUCAUGUGUGAGGAGCUUUGUAGUCCCAAAAUUGGGACUCCCAAGCACCAUUUAAGUAGGGUUGCCAUAUUUCAAAAAGUGAAAAUCCAAACACAAAAGUUGUUGAGCUGUUUUUAAGGAAAUUCGCCAAAAUCUACGCUUUUAACAUGGGGUUGACAUACAUCCGGAUUUCCCCAGACAUUCCAGCGAUUUUCUGCCUGGACAGUGUUUCCGACGGCCGAAUCCUGGCUAUAUCCGAGAAAUUCCAGACAUAUGGCUACCCUAACUUAAGGCGCUGCUAAAUGGGAGGUUCCCCCCCCUCAUUGUUUUAGCAGGAGAUCCCAGGCAAGUGUGCAUAGAUACCCACCUCCUAAAAUGAAAGAGAAAUUCCUCCUGCCCCCACUGCCAUUUUAGCAGACAUCCGUCCAGCCUCUGCUUAAGUACAUCGUCCGUUCCACGCAGUCCUUUUCUUCUAGAAAAGUAGGUGCCGGUACUUCCGCGGUUGAAGAGCCCUUACUGUCAGAAAGUUCUUCCUGAUGUUUAGUCAGAUUCUCCUUUCCUGUAACUUGAAUCCAUUGAUUCGAGUCCCACCCUGUGGAGCAGGAUAAAACAAGCUUGUCCCCUCUUCCAUGUGACAGGCCUUUAGGUAUUUGAAGAUAGCUGUCAUAUCUCCUCUCAGUCUCCACUUUUCCAGGCUAAAUUCCCUCAUCCAUUCCUCACAGGGCUUGGUUCCCAGACCCUUGAUCAUCUUGCUUGCCUUCCUCUGCACAUCUUCCAGCUUGUCAAUAUCUUUCUUAAAUUCUGCUGUCCAGAACAGGACACAGGACUCCAGGUGUGCUCUGACCAAGAUCAAAUACAGCAAGAAUAUGAUUUCCCUUGAUCAGGACACUGGGUCAUUCCACGCCAAAUCACCUGGUGCCAUGUGCUUUCACAACUCAGAUUUUCUUUUUUUAAAAAAAUUAAUGUGUAGAUAACCUCAAAUUAAUUUUUGAAAAUUUUUUGGUCCAAAAUUGGGGUCAGGAUUAUUUUUUUUUAAAAAAAAUUCUGCAUCAGUUUAGUAAUAACCACCUGUUUCGCUUAUUUUUCAACCAAUUGGGAAUAUUUUGGUAUCAAGAUAAAGCUAAUUUGGUCUCUGCAAAUGAAGGUGUAAAAUACUUCUGUUGAUGCCACCUACAAUAGGUUGGGGGAUCCCUUGGCUGUUUUUAACUGAGGAGAAUUUUUCUCUGUUAAUUUCUGUUUUUCUUCCUUGCUCUUCAGGUAGAAGGCCCUGCCAUCAAACAUUGAUCUCCAUGUGCUUCUGAGGCAAAGACAACCCCAUCUCAGCAGCCAGUUUUUCCACAGGUGUAAGUCAGAAGGCGGAGGCCGGACGCAUUCCUCUCCCAGAGAAACCCUUCGCGUUUUCGGAGAAGGCCGGCAGUUAGGCUGUCUCAAAAUGGCCGCCAAGCGGGGCGCGACUUCGAGCCUCCAUUUGCAGGGUGAGCUGGAGCAGGUGGCCCGGCGGCGGAAGAAGAUGGAGGUUGAGGAGGACGAACAUGAGAACCCCGAGCCAGAGGAAGGCUGGCGGGGGAAAGGAGAGGCCUCCCGCGGCCCCCGAGACAAAGAGGAGAGGCUGCCCAGGGGCCGGACGGCUCAUCAGAAGGCCCUCCUCAAUGCCACUCGCUCCCCUCGCUCAGGGUGGAGAAACCCGCCAGCGUCACGGCCAGCGGAGUGGGAAGACAGGCGAGCCUUUCCGUCCUCCCUUGAGGGGCCAGCAGCAGCCCGCCCGUGGCCCAGGAGCGGGCGGGCAUCCCGCCACCAGCAGGGCCUGGCCGGGGAAGGCCCCGAGGCCCACAACAGCCUGGACUCCGGGGAGAUUGGCGAGUCCGGGGUGGUGAAAGUGAAGGAGGAGGUGUUGGGCGACGACUCGGCCAGCAUGGAGAUGAAGCGCCAGCGCUUCCGCCAGUUCCGCUACCAGGAGGCCGAGGGCCCCCGCGAGGUGUGCAGCCAGCUCUGGUACCUCUGCCACCGGUGGCUGAAGCCGGAGAGGCACACCAAGGAGCAGAUCCUGGAGCUGCUGAUCCUGGAGCAGUUCCUGGCCAUCUUGCCGCCAGACCUCCAGAGCUGGGUGAGGGAACACGAACCGGAGACGUGCUCCCAGGCAGCCGCUUUGGCCGAGGAUUUCCUGCAGAUGCAGAGGGAGGCGGAGAGAAGGGAGCAGCAGGUGAGACAGAGAUUCAUCCUGAUCGGCAUCUGUGCGCAUGCGUGAAUGUGCAUUUGGGGAGCAGCAAACAUUUGGGGAGAAUAGCGAUCCUGGCUGGAAGAGCGGGUGGCGCUGUGGUCUAAAUCACUGAGCCUCUUGGGCUUGCCGAUCAGAAGGUCGGCGGUUCAAAUCCCCACGACGGGGUGAGCUCCCGUUGCUCAGUCCCAGCUCCUGCCAACCUAGCAGUUCGAAAGCACACAUGUGCAAGUAGACAAAUAGGUACCGCUCCGGCAGGAAGGUAAACGGUGUUUCUGUGUGCUCUGGCUUCCAUCACAGUGAUCUGUUGUGCCGAAAGCGGUUUAGUCAUGCUGGCCACAUGACUCGGAAAGUUGUCUUUGGACAAACGCCGCCUCCCUCGGCCUGAAAGUGAGAUGAGCGCCGCAACCCUACAGUCGCCUUUGACUGGACUUAACCAUCCAGGGGUUCUUUACCUUUACCUUACCUCUACUGGCUGCCAAUUAGCUUCCGGUCCCAAUUGAAAGUGCUGCUUUUGACCCAUAAAGCCUUAAACGGCUCAGGGAUGCGAUACCUGAAGGACCGCUUCUCCCCAUAUAAACCGUCCCGGAUUCUGCGGUCAUCCUCUGAGGCCCUUCUUCACCUGCCUCCUCCACACUCCACCUGCCCAGGCCACAACCUCAUUGCUCAUGCUGUGUUACAUCAAUGAGCGUUUUUGCCUGGAUGGAGGAUAGAGAGAGGAGUGUGUGUGUGUGUGUGUGUGUGGAAACCUGUCUAUAUUGGGGGGGUUUUAAAAAAAGAAACACACCAAAUUUAUUUAUUUAUUUCAUAAAAUUUAUAAACCACUUGACAGUGAACCACAAACGAACCUAAAAGCAGUUUACAAAAAAAGAUAGAUAUUUCGGUAAGCACAAUUAACAACAGUAAUUUAAGUCUAACAAUAGUCUUAUCUUUUAAAAUGUGUUAGGGGGUGUUGUGAUUGUGUACUUUGCAGUUUUAUAUUCUGAAUUUGUCCUGUGAACCACCUUGAGAUCUGCGGGUAUAGGGCAGUAUAUUAAUAAUAAUAAUAAUAAUAGACUAAAAACAGCUUAACUCAAACCAGCUUUCUAAGCAUCUGGGUAGGCUUGUUUAAACAAAAACAUUUCCAGCAGGUCUUCCUUGGCCAUCACUCAUAGCCGAGUAAGAUUGUCUUCCAUGAACACGGUUUGAACAGUGAGUCUGUAAGUGACACUGGAGGCCAAUUCUGGAUCCACACAUCCUUCCACAGUGGGGACUUAGGUUUCUGGGCGGGAGUUGAUCAUGGUGAGAGUUUGCCAAGCCUCUUAGCAUGUUUCUCCCUUUCUUCCUAAGUUUGAGCGUCUUCAAAGCCCAUGACACCUUUGGUAAAGGCUGUUGUCCAGUUGGAACGCUCACAGGCCAGUGUUUCCCAGUUGUCAGUAUUUAUACUACAUUUCUUUAGAUUUGCCUUGAGAGAGUCUUUUAACCUCUUUUGUUGACCACCAGCAUUACGCUCUGCAGCAAAGGCACCUGCCUGUUGUCAAGAGGCAGGGAGUUCCGCAGUGUAGGUGCUGCCACACUAACAGAUUGAUUUCUUACAAAUGCAGGACUGGUAUCACAAAGCACCCAUAAGAGAGCCAGUGUGUUAAAUUUCCAUUGGUUGCCCCACCCACUUCCCCCCCUGUGUGAAAAACCCUUCCAUGUGGCAAGAGGGCACUGCAUCCCUCUGGCUGAAAAGGGUUUCCCUGCACCUACUGUAAUUGCAAAAGCCCUGCCCUGAAGAGGGGCUGGGUUAGGCUAUCUCCAAGGCUGCUUUCCACUCAAAAAUUCCUUGCAUUUUUAGAAUUUCCCUAUAUACUGCUAAGAAUGUGUCUGUUUACGAAAGCCUAAACCCAGGCGUAUGCAAAGUCUGCUGGGACUGCAUCCUGCCCAGCAGAUCCUGCACUGAGCAGUGGGGCUUUGGCGGAGGGAAUUAGAUGACCUUUGUUGUUGUGGUUUAGUCGUUUAGUAGUGUCCAACUCUUUGUGACCCCAUGGACCAGAGCACGCCAGGCACUCCUGUCUUCCACUGCCUCCCGCAGUUUGGUCAAACUCAUGCUGGUAGCUUCGAGAACACUGUCCAACCAUCUCGUCCUCUGUCGUCCCCUUCUCCUUGUGCCCUCCAUCUUUCCCAACAUCAGGGUCUUUUCCAGGGAGUCUUCUCUGCUCAUGAGGUGGCCAAAGUAUUGGAGCCUCAGCUUCAUGAUCUGUCCUUCCAGUGAGCACUCAGGGCUGAUUUCCUUAAGAAUGGAGAGGUUUGAUCUUCUUGCAGUCCAUGACCUAGUUCAGAUUUAUUAACUUUGUAUUCAUCUCGCUCAAAAAGAAGUAUCCCUAAGCGGUGAACAAUGGAAUUGCAUAAAACAAUAUACAGAGUUCAGUGAGUUAGAAACAAACCAUUCAAAUAAACUAAUAAUGCAAAACGCUUCAGUAAAAGCUCAGUUGAAACAAGAACAUUUUUAGCAUCUUUCUGCUAGGAAGACUUAAUCAGAGACCUGCUGUGAUAAGCUUGCAAAGCACUUUGAGGGUAAACCCAUGCAUAUGCACUCUAGACACGACACCAUUAUUGAUUUGAGUCCUUUGGAGGUGUCCAGACUUGGUCUGGCUGUAUUAAGAUCAAUGUUCGUUAAUGGUGCAGGGUUUGCCUGGUUGUCCAGCACUGCGACACCUCAACCCUCUCUCUGUCUGUCACCGACGGGUUGGAUGCAGGGGAAUGGUGGGAAGAAUCAGCUGGGGAGCCCCCAAGGGAAGACGGCUCAGAGCCUGGGGUGUGAUCAUUGAGCAACAAUGAGUGGUCAGAGGGAGAAGACUGGGAAGAGGAAGUGUCGGAACAGGGCUUAGUGAGCGGGGAGAGUCUGUGGCAGAGAGAAGUCCAGAGUCAGGCAGAAGCUGAAGCAGGAGAGGAGGAAGGCCAAGAGGCAGAGAAGGGUCAGGCUGGUGAAAAGGCACAGGUGUCUCCCCCUCCUGCUGCCAGAAGCUCCCUUCUGAUUCCCAGAACCAGGAGAGGCAUGAAAAGGGCAGAGGAAGAAGUAAGCUUCACGCAGGCAUAGUCUCAGAUUGCUUGGGGAAAACCUUGGAGAGGAGGGGAGGCAGGGACAACAAUUUCGGGCCUGAUCAAGAUCUUUGGUGCUCUUUUCAGGUGCUGGGUCUCUUCGAAAUGGACAACGCAGAUUCUCCAGAGCCGGAGCCAGAGCAAACCCCCUCCGACUCUGCGCCUAAGCCUCUUUUCAGGGAAGCAAAGCAAGAGGCCGAUGAGGAAGAGGGCAGCAAUUUGGGUAAGAAGUUCAUUUUGCGUGGUUAUCUUAUUUGCUUACUGAGUCAUCGCACGUGUUUUGGGUUCGUAGGCUCAUUCCACCCCACCACCCUCCAACAAAAUUCAGAGUACAUGGCAUCCAGGGCUGUCCUCUCUGCCCGAAACAUUUGCCCCACUGGGGAGUUUCGGAGCUUAUUGCAAAAGUUCUCCUGAUAGGUAACAUUCCUCCAGCUUUUCUCGAGAUGUUACCCUCCAAAGGAUCUGCAGCCCCUUCCACAUUUUUGUGUCAUCCUAGUCCUUCACUUGAGACGCGAAUAAAGGGAUUGGGCAGGCCUGCAAAAUUGCUUUGUUCUCCAUCCUUGGCACCUGGGAGAUCACCUGUUGGAACAGGUGGGAUGCCUCUUCUGCCCGAGGGAAACCCUUGCUGCCUCCGGGGCAGCUGACAUAUUUUAUUCCAUGUGGGGGCCUCUGUUUCAUCUUUAAGUGGGUGGGGAAACCCUAGAGACCUUUUUUGCUUGUUUGAGGCAGUCGUAUCCACCCUAUCAGCUUCUAAAGAGCUGAAGAUCAAUGGCUACUUCUCAGCAGAGACCCUAGAGCAGAACAUGGCGGCUGAGCGAGUUUAUUGCCUGUAUCAAGCUGGAUCUUUCUGCUAAAUGGAUCUUGAGCAGUGCGUCUGGGAACAAUCUGUUCCUGCCUGAGAUGUUGCCAGUCAGGCUUGAUGGGCCGGUGCAAAGCAACAUUGGGCUGGCAUCUUCUGUAAUGCUUUUAUCAGAUUGCCACCGUUCCGUCAAAAUGGGCUGGCUGCUCAGUUGAGAAUCGUGGAAGGGACCCUGCGGGUCAUCUAAUCCAACCCCCUGCAAUGCAGGAAUCUUUUGUCCAACAUGGGGCUCGAACCCACAACCCUGAGAUUAAGAGUUGUCUCCUGCUCCACUGACUGAGCUAUCCCUUGGGAUUUGCCUAAAAGAGGGGGUGGGGAACAUUUGGGGCCCCCAGAUGUUGCCGAACUGCCAUCCCCAUCGCCCUCCGCAAGCGACAGGGAGGUUGAGUGCCGUCGUUCAACAAUAUCUGGAGGAGCAAAGUUUCCCCUACGCCCGCCUAAAAUGCUGCGUAAAAUCUUGCCAUCACUCCUGGCCAUUUCAUAUUUUAAAAAAAUGAAUCUCAGGGUGGCAGGUGGUGGGGAAAUGCCCCAAACCCCAGAGAACCACUGCCAGGAUUAGCCAGGAAUGCCUUCCUUAGAUUAUUGUACUACAGUUCCUAUCAUACCUGGCCAUGCUAGCUGGGGCUGAUGGGUAUUGGAGUCCAGCAACGUCUGGAGGGAUAUCCUGGGGACUGAUCCAUGUAGGGAAGCUGAGAUGGUGUCUGUUGUUUUGAGAUCAAGUAGGCUGGGAGCGGGACACGGGUGGCACUCUGGGUUAAACCACAUAGCCUAGGGCUUGCCGAUCAGAAGGUCGGCGGUUCGAAUCCCUGCGACGGGGUGAGCUCCCGUUGCUCGGUCCCAGCUCCUGCCAACCUAGCAGUUUGAAAGCACGUCAAAGUGCAAGUAGAUAAAUAGGUACCACUCCGGCGGGAAGGUAAACGGCGUUUCCAUGCGCUGCUCUGGUUCGCCAGAAGCGGCUUAGUCAUGCUGGCCACAUGACCCAGAAGCUGUACGCCAGCUCCCUCGGCCAAUAAAGUGAGAUGAGCGCCGCAACCCCAGAGUCGGCCACGACUGGACCUAAUGGUCAGGAGUCCCUUUACCUUUACCUUUAGGCUGGGAGCAAGAGAGGGUGGAAUUGUGGAAGAACGUUACCAGCAAAUAGUGAUGACCAACUCAGCUGUACAGUUCAGGUUUUUCAAAUGCCGUGGCCCUUGAAGACAGAGGGUGGCGUUCAGCUAAGUGUUACGGAGGGGAGCAGACCUUUGAAAUGCUUGGACUUGAUCACGUUCAUUCAUUUCGCUGGACGAGAUGAUCCUCAGAGGCCCUUCCAACUCUGAUUCUACCACCCAAAGUUUUCUUACUUUUUCCCCCCUUUCUUUUUUUGAUAAUAAUUUUUAUUAGUUUUCAAUUACAAUAACCCAAUCAUAGCCCCAUUAUAACAAUGCCAAAUUAUAAUGCAGUUACAAAUACCAAUCACCAAAUUACAUAAUUUAGGUGGACCCACGCGUGCUAAAAUUGACAGUUUGAUUGUUUUAUUUAUUCCUGCGUUCCAGAAUCUUAAUCCUUUCAAUUACAUCCCAGUCAAAAUAAUAUUCCCUUAUACAACAACUGCAACUGUUGACACAUUAAAUGAUUUAUAGAAGUACAAGAGGAACUCAAUCUAUAUCAGGGGUCAGCAAACUUUUUCAGCAGGAGGCUGGUCCACUGUCCCUCAGACCCUGUGGGGGCCGGACUAUAUUUUGGAAGGGGGAAAAAAUCAAUGGUUAACUAUGCCCUACAAAUAACCCAGAGAUGCACUUUAAAUAAAAGCACACAUUCUACUCAUGUAAAAACACGCUGAUUCCCGGACCGUCUGCGGGCCAGAUUUACAAGGUGAUUGGGCCAGAUUCGACCCCCAGGCCUUAGUUUGCCUACCCAUUAUCUAUAUCCUUGUUCUUCCUGUGUGUGGCAAUUAUUCUGUCCGUGAUGUUUCUUCCUGUCCUUGUAAAAUGUUGCCUAUCUUUUCCCAGUUGUUGCUGUUCUCCUUCGUGCCUUGGGUGGAGCUAAUAUUGCAUUGUUGUUUCAGAAAUCCUCCAUUGCUCCGUCCCUGUGCUUCAUUGUUUUGCAACUUUAACAGCAGCUGCAAAAGUCACACCGUCCCAAUAAAUACCCUGUUUUCGCCAUUUUUCUCUCGGCCAUUUUUCUCUUACGUUUCUUUUUCGAGAGACAGAGUGAUACAAUAUACAUACAGUGGUACCUCGGGUUACAUAUGCUUCAGGUUACAGACGCUUCAGGUUACAGACUCCGCUAAUCCAGAAAUAGUGCUUCAGGUUAAGAAUUUUGCUUCAGGAUAAGAACAGAAAUCGUGCUCCGGCGGCGCGGCGGUAGCAGGAGGCUCCAUUAGCUAAAGUGGUGCUUCAGGUUAAGAACGGACCUCCAGAAUGAAUUAAGUACUUAACCCGAGGUACCACUGUAUAGAAAAGUUCCUAAUCUGGUCCCUGGUGUGAUCAGGAUCUCUCUCUCUCCCCCUCCCCCUCUUUGCCCGCAGGCAACCUUGGGCAAGUGGCGCCCCGGGCAGGCGGCCCCCUCCCCCUGUACCCAGAGGAGGGCAGCUCCGACGACGAGGGCCUAUUGGACCUUGUCUAUGCCGCCAACCUUGAGAUCCACAGCCGGCGGCCGCCCCGCAGGACCCGCCUCAUCCGGAUGCGCACCCACGAGCUGCAGGUGUCCGACGAGGAGUGCUUGACCCGCUUCCGCCUGGACCGCCAGGCCAUCCAGGACCUCUGCACCCUUCUGGCGCCUUACCUGGACGGCGCCUCGGCCAGCCGCAGGCACAUCCCCACCUUGCAGAAGGUGCUGAUCGCGCUGCAAGUGCUGGGCACCGGGUCCUUCCAGCGGAUGACGGGCGACAACCUGCGCGUGUCGCAGUCGUCGGUCAGCCGCUGCCUCGACGCCUUCUUGGAGGCCAUGCUCCGCCACGUCCACGAGCACAUCACCUUCCCCACCACCGACUCGGAACUGCGCCGCACGCGGGAAGCCUUCUUCGACAUCGCCGGCUUCCCCAACGUCAUCGGGAUCGUGGACUGCACCCACGUCCCCAUCAUCGCGCCGGCCGACAUGCCGGCGCUCUACCGCAACUGCCACAACUUCCACAGCCUCAACGUGCAGGCCACAUGCGACGCCUCAGGGUGCUUCACCCACGUGCUGGCAAAAUUCCCCGGCAGCGUCCACGACGCUCGGAUAUUCCAGCUCUCCCAGCUGCAGAGGCUCCUGGAGUCGUGGCCCGAAGGGAAGGGUUGGCUCUUGGGUGAGUAUUUGAGUGUUUGGGGAGGCUGGUUCUGAGGUGAACGAACCAUGUCGGACGUCUGUCUGCUCUGUCUCCACACCGGAUGUCUGUGCAACUGUUUAGAAACGGAGGCUGUUAUCUGGCCAGCGAUCAUAAUGUUAGUGGUUGCUUCUGUUCCUUCCUCCCUCAGAAGAGCUGCAAAAAAGUCCCUAACCCCCCUCCAAAAAAACUCGACAACUUUGACCUGAACCCCUAAAAAACGGGGGUAGAUCACUGCCAGAUUUUAAAUUUGACAGUAGAUCGCAGUCUCUCGGGAGUUGGCCACCCCUGGUCUUCCAUGAACACAGUCUUAACAGUGAGUCCAUAAGUGACUGUGGAGGCCAAUUCUGGAUCCACACAUCCUUCCACAGUGGGGACAUUGGUUUCUGGGCGGAAGUUGAUCACAGUGUGGAUUUGCCGUGUGCCUUCCUCUUAGCACGUUUAUCCCUUUUGUCCUGAGUUAGAGCGUCUUCAAAGCCCAUGACACCUUUGGUAAAGGCUGUUCUCCAAUUGGAGCGCUCGCAGGCCAGUGUUUCCCAGUUGUGGGUGUUUAUACUGCAUUUUUAAAGUUUUGCCUGAGACACCCACACAACAUGUGCAUAGGCAGCAAAUCUAUGGGGCCCUGGUUGUUUCGGACACCCCCCCAGUAAAAUAUUUAGUGGGGCGAGUUUCCCCAGUAUUUUCUGCGAGUUGAUGUUUUCCUUCCUCUAUUGGCCAGCCACUUCCCUACACAGCCAGGCCAAGCUCCCCCGAUAUAUAUGGUUUAAUUAAAAUUGCAUUUCUGAAUUUCAAAAGUUUACAAAAGAAUACAUACUUUUCCAAUACAUACCCAUUUCACAUUCAACUUCCCCUCCACAUCUCCAUGGUUCCCCCCAUAGUUUCUUAAGUUUGCUGCGUAAUAUAAUUAUUGUUUACCUUAUCUUUUCCACGCUGGGCUCCCAGCAAAUAUUCAACUGCUGUUCUCCAUUCAAAUCCUACCUGCCUUUUUUUUUUUUUACAUGGUUCCAAUAAUUCUUUAAAUACUCAAGAAAGGUUUCCACUCCUCCUUAUAGUCUGCCUCUUCUCAAUCUCUAAUUUUCAUUGUUAAAUUUGCCAAUUUGGCAUAUUCCGUCAGUUUUUACAGCCACUCCUCUUGAGUAGGUAUCUCCUGAUUUCGCCAUAUUUUUUUGCGAAUAAAGUACUGUUGUUGCUGUCAUGGCAUACAAAAAUAGGAUCAUCCAUCUUCUGAGCUCCCCCGAUAUUUUCUGAAAGUUGCUGCCAUGCUUCCUUAUCUGCUCCCUUACCUGGCUUGGACAGCACCUUCCCCUCCAGCCGGGUGCCACCCUCUUUUCCUGACUUGCUACCCAGCUUUUGCCGCCAUUUCUGCACAUGUCUGACCUGGGCAGCCGGGAGAGGCAGGCAGAAAGGGCAGUUGGCGAGGCAAGGAGGAAGUGGGGGAGCGGUCGGUACGUUUCCGAGCACAAUUCAAAGUGUUGGUGCUGACCUUUAAAGCCCUAAACGGCCUCAGCCCAGUAUACCUGAAGGAGCGUCUCCACCCCCAUUGUGGGGCUACCUUUGAAGGUGACCCGGAAACUACAACUAAUCUAGAAUGUGGCAUCCAGACUGGUGACUGGGAGCGGCCGCCGAGACCACAUAACACUGGUCUUGAAAGAUCUGCAUUGGCUCCCAGUACAUUUCCGAGCACAAUUCAAAGUGUUGGUGCUGACCUUUAAAGCCCUAAACGGCCUCGGCCCAGUAUACCUGAAGGAGCGUCUCCACUCCCAUCGUUCUGCCUGGACACUGAGGUACAGCGCCGAGGGCCUUCUGGCUGUGAGAAGUGAGGUUACAGGGAACCAGGCAGAGGGCCUUCUUGGUGGUGGCACCCAUCCUGUGGAAUAAUAAUAAUGAUAAUAAUAAUAAUGGUAAUUUAUUUAUACCCCGCCCAUCUGGCUGAGUUUCCCCAGCCACUCUGGAUGGCUUCCAGUCGAAUGUUAAAAACAGUACAGCAUUAAAUAUUAAAAACUUCCCUAAACAGGGCUGCCUUCAGAUGUCUUUUAAAGAUAGGAUAGCUGCUUAUUUCCUUGACAUCUGAUGGGAGGGUGUUCCACAGGGCGGGCGCCACUACCAAGAAGGCCCUCUGUCUGGUUCCCUGUAACCUCACUUCUCGCAAUGAGGGGCCCUCGGUGCUGGAUCUCAGUGUCCGGGCUGAACGAUGGGGGUGGAGACGCUCCUUCAGGUAUACAGGAAUGCUCUCCCACCAGACGUCAAAGAGAAAAACAACUACCAGACAUUUAGAAGACAUCUGAAGGCAGCCCUGUUCAGGAAAGCUUUUAACGUUUAACAGACUAUUGUACAGUGAUACCUCGGGUUAAGAACUUAAUUCGUUCUGGAGGUCUGUUCUUAACCUGAAAUUGUUCUUAACCUGAAGCACCACUUUAGCCUAUGGGUCCUCCUGCUGCCGCCGCACCGCUGGAGACGAUUUCUGUUCUCAUCCUGAAGCAAAGCUCUUAACCCGAGGUACUAUUUCUGGGUUAGCAGUGUCUGUAACCUGAAGCAUAUGUAACCCGAGGAACCAUAUUUUGUUGGAAGCCGCCCAGAGUGGCUGGGGAAACCCAGCCAGAUGGGUGGGGUAUUAAUUAUCAUUAUUUAUUAUCGAACAUGGGCAAGGGUGUGUAAGAGGGGGAGGCCUGUGCCCAGUUGUGUGUGGCAGAGGAACGUGCCCUCCAGGGAGCGGGGGGAAGUGUGGGGAGGGGAAAUAUUUUGUUCAAGUUGCCUCCGGUGCCUUUCACGCUCACCUUGCUCCCUCCUCUCCUCCGCAGGCGACAGCGGCUACCCCUUGCGCCCUUUCCUCAUGACGCCGCACCCCGACGACGGCCCGGAGCCCGUGGCCCGCUACAACGCCACGCACGAGACGACGCGGAUGGUGGUGGAGCAGGCCUUUGGGCAGCUCAAGAUGCGCUUCCGCUGCCUCCACUCCACCGGCGGGCGGCUCAUGCUUCGCCCGGAGAAGGUGGCCAAGGUGUUUGUGGUGUGCGCCAUGCUGCACAACAUGGCCCUCCGGCGCCAGUUGCCCAUUAUCAAUGGCGGACAAGGGGUGGACACCGAGGUCCCUGUGCCUCCCUACCUGGAAACCGACAGCCUGGUGGAGCAAGACCCCCGCGGGGUGGAUGUCCGGGAGCAGAUCAUUAGCACUUAUUUCUCACAAUAAAUUUCGACUUUCGGUAGACGGCUCGCGGCUGGUUGCGUGUCCUUCGGUGUGUGGAAGAGGAAGGGCAGUCUUAGGUCGUCGUAAGCACUCCUCUCUCCCAUACUUAGAUUCCCAGGGUGGUUGCAUCCCGCCCAACGACCAAAACCACAGAGAAUUUCCUUAGGGGGUGAUCAAGGGCCUCACACUGUGUGAGGUUUAAUUUCUCAGCGCACGAUUAAACUGUGGAACUCCUUGCCACUGGAGGCAGUGAUGGCCACCAACUCGGAUGGCUUUCAAAGAGGAUUAGGCAAAUUCGUGGAGGAGGAGAGGGCUCUUGAUGGCUGCUAGCCAGGUUGGCUACCUCCACAGCUAAAUGCUUCUGAAUGCCAGUUGUUGAAAAGCUCAGAUGGGGAGUGUGUGUUUGGGCUUGGGUCCUGUUUUCGGGCUUCCCGCAGGCCUCUGGUCAGCCACUGUGAGGACAGGAUGCUGGACUUGACAGGCCCUUCUGUUCUCUGUGUCCCUUACGUAUAAAACGUGAGUAGGGAUUGACUUCCGAGCUUGUCAUGUCAGCUGCUACAACAUCCCUGGUAAGCGGCCUUUCUUUAUUGAAGUAAGGGGUAAAGCAGACUUGUUCUCCCCUUAUGAGGUGGAAAUUUCCCCUUUACCUUUUCUGCAGAUUAACUUCCCCACAUAUAAAAACAAGUUCAAGCCCCAUCAGUGUGGUAAAAGACUUCUCAUUUCAACUUGGCCUACUCUGCCAGCACUGCCCACAAGUCUUAAUUGCUGGAAAGGAAGCCGGAAUGAGUUUAGCGGGGAGGCUGGUGGGCUACUUCGAACUACAGCAGGCAUAGGGAACCUUUUGGCUCCUUUUUGUUCCUGCUGAACUACAACUCCCAUGAGCCCCAGCAAGCAUUGCCAGUGGGUAUGGCUGAUGGGAGUCGUAGUCCAGCAACAUCUGGAGGACCAGCGGUUCCUCACAUAUGACCUACAGUUACUGCAGAGCUUUGCAUUUCAUCAAAUUUGGCACAAGAUAACUAUGAUAUCUACGAUACUUCCAAGCACUUGGGGUCUAACAGUGAGAAGAGACAGUGUGGUGUAGCGGUUAGAGUGUCGGAAUAGGAACCGGGAGACUUGGGUUCAAAUCCCUACCCAGCCACAAAGCUCAAGGGGUGACCUUGGGCCAGUCACUUCCUCUUAGCCUAACCUACCUCACAGGGUUGUUGUGGGGAGUAAAAUAACAAGGGGAGAACCAUGUGUGUCGCCUUGAGCUCCUUGGAGGAAAAUGUUGGACUCAAAUGCAAUAAAGAAAUAAUAAAGAUCCGCAAUC